CGCCUCAUCUCCUCCUCCUCACCAACGCCGUCUCUCUCCCCUUCCCGUUCCUUCCCGUCCCCGCGUCAAACAAAUCUAGGGUUCCAACUUCCAACCGGACGACGCCCCCCCCCCCCCCACCGGCCGUACCCAGGCGAGAGACUCGAUCCGGCGGAGAAGAUGCCGCAGCGUCACUCGAAGAACAACAACGACCUCGCCUUCUUCACCUACGAGGAGAAGCGGAAGCUCGGGUACGGCACGCAGCGGGAGCGCCUGGGCAAGGACUCCAUCAAGCCCUUCGACGCCUGCUGCCUCUGCCUCCAGCCGCUCAUAGACCCGCUCUGCUGUCCCAAGGGCCACGCCUUCUGCAAGGAGUGCAUCUUCGAGUGCCUCCUCGCCCAGAAAAAGGACAUCAAGCGCAAGCUAGCAGUUCAUGAGGCACAGAAAAAGCAAGAGAAGGAAGAGGAGGAGGAGAAGCUGAUGCUGCAAAAGGCUAAGGAGUUGGAUGCUUUUGAUCAGCAGAAUCAUGGAGCCGUUCCCCAGUACCAGGACCGCAGUGGCUCCCAAGACAAGAAUGGUUUCCAUGGAGCAAACAGUGUGAAGGUUACUUCCUUUGAAGAGGAAGCCCUUCGCAACAUGAAGGCUUUCUGGCUCCCGUCAGCUACUCCUGAAGCUACUGUCAAGGUGGAGGCUCCCUCCAUUGACACUGUGUGCCCCGAGGGGCAGGAGAAGCUCAAGUUGAAAUCACUCUUCCCAAUCUCUUUCAUCGAGGAAAACAGUGACCAGAAGAACAAGAAGUCAGUGGAGAGGAGCUACAUGUGCCCUAGUUGCAAAUCCACUCUCACAAACACCAUGUCGCUUGUGGCGAUCAGCACCUGUGGCCAUGUCUUUUGCAAGAAGUGCUCUAACAAGUUCCUAGUAACGGAUAAAGUCUGCUUGGUGUGCAACAAACCAUGCAAGGAGAGGAAUUUUGUUACUCUGGAGAAAGGAGGAACUGGGUUUGCCGCGCACGAUGAACACUUGGAGGCAAGGGAUUUUAAGCAUUUGGGGAGUGGUUCUGGGUUAGGAUUAGUGAAGCCUGCCCCAAAGAGUUAUUAGCCUUGAAUAUCUGUAGCUGUUGUUGUAUAAUGCUUAUCAUGGUCUCAUCAAUACUUGUUAACCUGGAAAUUUUUGUUUCAAGGUUCCGCUAUGUUUGUGAACAUUUUAGUUUGGAGUGGUUAAUGUUCAAAGCUCUCUGAUGCUCCUGUGA